AUGUAUGCAUACUCAUCAUCAUCAUCAUCAUCAUCAUCAUCAUCAUCAUCAUCAUCAUCAUCAUCAUCAUCAUCAUCAUCAUCAUCAUCAUCAUCAUCAUCAUCAUCAUCAUCAUCAUCAUCAUCAUCAUCAUCAUCAUCAUCAUCAUCAUCAUCAUCAUCAUCAUCAUCAUCAUCAUCAUCAUCAUCAUCAUCAUCAUCAUCAUCAUCAUCAUCAUCAUCAUCAUCAUCAUCAUCAUCAUCAUCAUCAUCAUCAUCAUCAUCAUCAUCAUCAUCAUCAUCAUCAUCAUCAUCAUCAUCAUCAUCAUCAUCAUCAUCAUCAUCAUCAUCAUCAUCAUCAUCAUCAUCAUCAUCAUCAUCAUCAUCAUCAUCAUCAUCAUCAUCAUCAUCAUCAUCAUCAUCAUCAUCAUCAUCAUCAUCAUCAUCAUCAUCAUCAUCAUCAUCAUCAUCAUCAUCAUCAUCAUCAUCAUCAUCAUCAUCAUCAUCAUCAUCAUCAUCAUCAUCAUCAUCAUCAUCAUCAUCAUCAUCAUCAUCAUCAUCAUCAUCAUCAUCAUCAUCAUCAUCAUCAUCAUCAUCAUCAUCAUCAUCAUCAUCAUCAUCAUCAUCAUCAUCAUCAUCAUCAUCAUCAUCAUCAUCAUCAUCAUCAUCAUCAUCAUCAUCAUCAUCAUCAUCAUCAUCAUCAUCAUCAUCAUCAUCAUCAUCAUCAUCAUCAUCAUCAUCAUCAUCAUCAUCAUCAUCAUCAUCAUCAUCAUCAUCAUCAUCAUCAUCAUCAUCAUCAUCAUCAUCAUCAUCAUCAUCAUCAUCAUCAUCAUCAUCAUCAUCAUCAUCAUCAUCAUCAUCAUCAUCAUCAUCAUCAUCAUCAUCAUCAUCAUCAUCAUCAUCAUCAUCAUCAUCAUCAUCAUCAUCAUCAUCAUCAUCAUCAUCAUCAUCAUCAUCAUCAUCAUCAUCAUCAUCAUCAUCAUCAUCAUCAUCAUCAUCAUCAUCAUCAUCAUCAUCAUCAUCAUCAUCAUCAUCAUCAUCAUCAUCAUCAUCAUCAUCAUCAUCAUCAUCAUCAUCAUCAUCAUCAUCAUCAUCAUCAUCAUCAUCAUCAUCAUCAUCAUCAUCAUCAUCAUCAUCAUCAUCAUCAUCAUCAUCAUCAUCAUCAUCAUCAUCAUCAUCAUCAUCAUCAUCAUCAUCAUCAUCAUCAUCAUCAUCAUCAUCAUCAUCAUCAUCAUCAUCAUCAUCAUCAUCAUCAUCAUCAUCAUCAUCAUCAUCAUCAUCAUCAUCAUCAUCAUCAUCAUCAUCAUCAUCAUCAUCAUCAUCAUCAUCAUCAUCAUCAUCAUCAUCAUCAUCAUCAUCAUCAUCAUCAUCAUCAUCAUCAUCAUCAUCAUCAUCAUCAUCAUCAUCAUCAUCAUCAUCAUCAUCAUCAUCAUCAUCAUCAUCAUCAUCAUCAUCAUCAUCAUCAUCAUCAUCAUCAUCAUCAUCAUCAUCAUCAUCAUCAUCAUCAUCAUCAUCAUCAUCAUCAUCAUCAUCAUCAUCAUCAUCAUCAUCAUCAUCAUCAUCAUCAUCAUCAUCAUCAUCAUCAUCAUCAUCAUCAUCAUCAUCAUCAUCAUCAUCAUCAUCAUCAUCAUCAUCAUCAUCAUCAUCAUCAUCAUCAUCAUCAUCAUCAUCAUCAUCAUCAUCAUCAUCAUCAUCAUCAUCAUCAUCAUCAUCAUCAUCAUCAUCAUCAUCAUCAUCAUCAUCAUCAUCAUCAUCAUCAUCAUCAUCAUCAUCAUCAUCAUCAUCAUCAUCAUCAUCAUCAUCAUCAUCAUCAUCAUCAUCAUCAUCAUCAUCAUCAUCAUCAUCAUCAUCAUCAUCAUCAUCAUCAUCAUCAUCAUCAUCAUCAUCAUCAUCAUCAUCAUCAUCAUCAUCAUCAUCAUCAUCAUCAUCAUCAUCAUCAUCAUCAUCAUCAUCAUCAUCAUCAUCAUCAUCAUCAUCAUCAUCAUCAUCAUCAUCAUCAUCAUCAUCAUCAUCAUCAUCAUCAUCAUCAUCAUCAUCAUCAUCAUCAUCAUCAUCAUCAUCAUCAUCAUCAUCAUCAUCAUCAUCAUCAUCAUCAUCAUCAUCAUCAUCAUCAUCAUCAUCAUCAUCAUCAUCAUCAUCAUCAUCAUCAUCAUCAUCAUCAUCAUCAUCAUCAUCAUCAUCAUCAUCAUCAUCAUCAUCAUCAUCAUCAUCAUCAUCAUCAAGUUAA